GACAUUUAGCAAUUUUUAGGGCGAAAUUUAGCGAUUAAGUAAAAAAGAAACCAAACAAAGAUCAAAGAAGAUACCAAACCUCUACGAAAAACUUGUGUAAUUUUUUACCAUGUAAAACGGCAAGGAAGACACCGAUGAAUCCCAUCAAACCAGGGUAAAAAUCCUAUUAUGGUUAGGUUAAUCGAUUGAUUUUUCUGCAGAGGAUCUUUUGUCCCAGUCCACUCAGGUUAGUUACUACGAGACUACAAAAAACUUCUCCUCCCGAUUUCACUGCCCUUCUUUUCUCACUGUCCGCCCCAAUCUCGCGAUACAACAACCCUUGACGAUCCAACCAAAAUACCGCCACACGGGAAAACGAGAGAGAUAAAAGGGGAAGGCAGAGCAAAGGGGAGAGAAGAAAGAGCAAAAACCAGACACACAGAGAAAAGUGGCGAAGAGAUAGAGAGAGAGAGAGAGAUACAGAGAGUGGCACUGUGGAAUCGCGAAUACAACAGUGAAAGCACGGGAAAGCAAGGAAGGGAGAAGGGUUUUUUUCCACCAUCGUUCUUUGCGGGUAUGUGAAUGGCUUUUGGAGCUUACAGAGGAGAAGGAUUCAGAGUGGGUUCGUGAUCGUGGUCUGCUCCGUACAAGGUUACAGAGAAGGAUUCAGAGUGGUAAAAUGUUAAAAAGCGUUUUCAGUCAGUGGGGGAGACUUGCAGUUGCUUCUUCUUCUUCCUUUUUUCCUUUUUUCCCCCUUUCCCCUGUUUUUUCUUCCUUUUUCCCUUUCUUCUCUGCCCACUGUCCGAUUAAACAAGAAUUGUCUCUAAUGCUGUCUUUACUACGACUGCAUGAAAUCAGAAUCCCCGAUUUCUCCAUCACCACUCUCCGCCUUUUGGGUUAAUUAACAGGGACGGCCAAAUCUUAGAUAAGCAGCAAACGAAAAAGCUUCCACACUCUUCCCUCUCUGUAGACAGAACUGUACUCUUCCCUCCCUUUUUCUGUUCAGUUUCUCUCCUUGUCUCAUUCAGCCCCGUUUUUGGUUAAUGUGCUGAAAUUUUGUAACCAAACUUCUUCUUUAGCGCUUUUGGGUUGUGGGGUUUUGUAGAAAUGUUUGAGUUUUUGUUGCUUUAACCCGAAAGGAGCAAUCUUUUCUAGUCUCUAGUCGUUUCCUCUGUUCUUCUGCAACUUCCAACUUCUGGGUAAUUUUGGGGGGAGAGGGGGAUUGCUGUAAUUUUCGUUUUCCCCAAUCUGGAUUCCUUCCAUUUUUUCUGGGUUUUGAUUUUGUUUCAUUUCAUUUCCCCAAUUUGCAGAGCAGAGAAUCGGCGGUGGAGCAAAUGAAAGAGUUACUGGAGAAGAGCUUGGAUCCACAGCUAUGGCACGCUUGUGCAGGGAGUAUGGUUCAAAUCCCACCUCUCAACUCGAAAAUCUUCUACUUUCCACAAGGCCACGCAGAGCACUGCCAAUCCCCCGUCGAUUUCCCCUUUUCCUCCGCCCCUGCCUCCAAAAUCCCGGCCUCUAUCCUCUGCCGCGUCGCCGCCGUGAGGUUCCUCGCCGACCCGGAAACCGACGAGGUCUACACCAAGAUGAGCCUCGUCCCCCUCCCGCCAGACGAGGAGCUCGAUUUCGACGACGAAAUCGGCAGCGGAGUCCAAGAGAAGCCGGCUUCCUUCGCCAAGACCCUCACCCAAUCCGACGCGAACAACGGCGGCGGAUUCUCGGUUCCGCGUUACUGCGCCGAGACGAUUUUCCCCAGGCUGGAUUACACGGCGGAUCCUCCCGUCCAGACGGUGGUAGCUAAGGACGUCCACGGUGAGGUUUGGAAGUUCAGACACAUCUACAGGGGAACUCCCAGGAGGCAUCUGCUGACUACUGGGUGGAGCACGUUUGUCAAUCAGAAGAAAUUGGUGGCCGGGGACUCAAUCGUGUUUCUCAGGGCGGAGAACGGCGAUCUCUGCGUCGGUAUCCGCCGCGCCAAGCGAGGGAUUGGCGGCGGCAGCGGGCCAGGAUGGUCCUCGUCUUCUUUCCCCCAAUCUGGUUGGGGCAUUAACGCAAACACUUGCGGGGCAACUGGGAUGGCGAACCCGUACAGCAAUUUUUCGGUUUUUCUGAAGGAGGAUGAGAGCAAGGCAUCGAGAAAUGGAAGCUGCGGUGGGAAGGGAUCGGCGGCGGCGACGAAAGUGAAAGCGGAGGAGGUUUUGGAGGCGGUGAGAUUGGCUGCAAGUGGGCGGCCGUUUGAUGUUUACUAUUACCCCAGAGCUAGUACUCCAGAGUUCUGUGUGAAAGCUUCUUCGGCUAGAGCUGCGAUGAGAAUCCAUUGGUGCCCUGGGAUGAGGUUCAAGAUGCCCUUUGAGACUGAAGAUUCUUCGAGGAUUAGUUGGUUCAUGGCUACUGUGGCUUCUGUUCAGGUUGCGGAUCCCAUUCGCUGGCCGAAUUCGCCAUGGCGCCUUCUCCAGGUGACAUGGGAUGAACCGGAGCUGCUGCAAAACGUGAAACGAGUCAGCCCAUGGUUGGUUGAACCAGUUACGAACAUACCAAUGAUCCAACCAUCAGCUUUCUCCUCGCCGCCAAGAAAGAAGUUUCGGUUCCCAUCAGGACCAUUCGACUUCCCACUUGAUGGCCAACUCCAGUUGCCGUCGUUCUCAGGCAACAACAACGCCCUUUCGUCCAGCAGCAGCCCAUUUUGUUAUUUGUCAGAUAACAGUGCACCUGCAGGCAUACAGGGAGCCAGGCAUGCUCAUAUCGGGGUAUCUUUAUCCGAUCUCCACCACAUUAACCACAACAAAUUCCACCACCACCCACCAACAGGAGCACUAUUCCCGCCCAAUCUCCACCAGUUCAAUCCACCACCACCACCACCAUCUCUACAUUGUUCCAGAAUCUCCGAGAGCAGCAAUGAGACGGUAUCUUGCUUGCUAACUAUUGGCAAUGGCAACUCCAGCUCUUCUUCAAGCCUAGAGAAACCUUCUUCUUCUUCUCAAGAGAAGAAGAAGCAGUUCUUCCUCUUUGGUCAGCCGAUACUCACAGAACAACAAAUCUCCCACAAUCAUUCGAGCGAAUCCAUCUCGAGAAGUUCGUGCGACGAGAUGCAAAUCUCGUCGCUGGAGAAGCCCUCUACUGCUGGUGCAUGGAACCAGAGUUGUACCUCCAAUGCCGGGGGCCACAAUUGCAAGGUGUUCAUAGAAUCAGAAGAUGCAGGGCGGUCAAUCGACCUCACGGCCUUUGCUUCAUACGAGGAGCUAUAUACGAGUCUGGCACACAUGUUUGGAAUGGAAAGAGCCGUGAUACUCAGUCACGUUCUCUAUCGGGAUACAACUGGUGCUGUCAAGCGAACCGGUGAUGAACCAUUCAGUGUGUUCUCGAGGACUGCAAGUAGAUUGACCAUACUGGUAAACCCUGCAGGGAAUGACAGUGCUUCCAGGACAUGGAUGACGCGGAGUGCUGAAAGUGGACUGGAGGCUUCAAACAAGAGAGGGCCAUUGAGCAUAUUCGCUUAGAAGAAGAAGAAGAAUCAAUUGGAGCGUGUAGGAAGGAGCUGUUAUAAAUGUUAAUGAAUUGUGAAUGUUAUGUAGCUAUGAAGCAAGACGUUGACUGUGAUUUGCUGUGGUUGUGGAACAUGUUCUUCUCUUGCUGACUUUCUGAUGCAGAAACCUGCUGUAUUGUACUACUGGAACUUGCUCUACGGUUUAAUGAACUCCGUGUUUUUUUUCUAAUUCCAAUUUUAAAGGGUAAAUGUCAUAUUUGAUAUCACUGAUAAUACUAAAUCGUGUCAGGUUUAGUCACUAGAAAAUUUUAAUAUUAAUUUUGGUUACUCGAAUUACUGAAAUAGGUCACAUUUAGUUAGUAGAAAAUUUUAAUAUUAAUUUUGGACGAAAAUUAAUGGGAGAGUGACUAAAUGUGACAUGUUUCCGUAAUUCGAGUGAUCGGAGUUGGACGAAGGCUAACGAGAGAGUGACUAAAUGUGACCUAUUUCAGUAAUUCGAGUGACUAAAGUUUAUAUUUAAUUUUUCUAGUGACUAAACGUGGCACGAUUUAGUAAUCUCAAUGACCAAAUGUGGUAUUUACCCCAAUUUUAAAUGUUGCGAUUCAUUUCGGACUAAGAGUGAAAAUUACAUUUCACAACUCUAACAAACACAAUCUCUCCCCAUUAGCACGAGAUUUUUAUUUUUAUUAUUAUGACUUAUGAGCGCAGAUUGCAACUCCACAUAUACGAUUUGUGAAUUAUUUUUAACAGCAAGUUGAAAGGAGAGCAUCGAGAUUCACAGGAUAUGAAAUACACAUUUUAUUGUUGAUAUUGUUUAAAGAUGAGUAUCAUCUAACCACGGAAUAUGAAUCAAACAAAUCAAGACCGUUGAUUUACUACUCUAUCGUUAAUUUCGUUUUAAGGUAGCUAUUAAUACAGAAUAAAAUAUUCUUAUAGUAACCAAAAUUGUUUUAUUUGAGUUCUUUUUGGGAAGUGGUUACUAGUACUUGAAAUUGGUUUCCAUUUGGAAUUUUUUAUUAAUUAUUUUUGGUAAUAAUUUUUAUUAAUUAUUAAGUUGGAAGUAAUUAAUUGUUUGCGUGGGGAUGGGGAAUAUAAUAAAGAAAUAAAGCGGGGAAUCCAAAUUCGGGAUAGAAAAAGGCAUGGGGAUUGGAGCGAACCCUGGAAACAUGCUCCGGCCGGGUCGGGUGUUGACUUCUAUUGCUUUAACUGACUCCCACGCCCGCCCGCCCGCGGUCCCGCCAAUUUUGACGCCCAGCCUGGGUUCGGGUUCGGGCCCGGUCGGGCCAUGGGUGUGGGUUCGCCCGGGCCUUACUAUUUUUUUAUGGGUUAAUUGCAAGGAUGGUCAAUGGGUUUACUAAAAACGUUCAUGUUUGGUCACUGCAAAUAUUUAAUUUCAUUUAUGGUCACUAAGAUUAGUUCAAUAGUUCAAGUUUGGUCACUCUCCGUUAGUUUUUGCUGAUGUGGCAGUCAACUAUUAAAGUUGACUGUUAAAUGAGUGACGUGGCCAUUAAAAAAAUAUUAAAAUAAUAAAAUUUAAAUAUUUAC